AUGGCUCCAAAUGUAACUGAAUGGGUUCAAGAAGCCGAAGAACGCGCCGCACUAAAAAAGACUCAUGUCAGUUUCCCUCAACUCAAAUACCCGUCUUUACGAGAUGAACCAUUUAAAGACCCUUUACAAUGGCUUACCGGAAAAGCAUUGGACGACGGCGCCGAAGGACUUUGGAGAGUUCAUGAUAAAUUGUAUGAUUUUACGGAUUUUGUAAAUAGACAUCCUGGCGGUGAAGAGUGGUUAGAGUUAACUAAGGGUACAGAUAUAACUGAAGCUUUCGAAUCGCACCAUAUAAACCCAACGACAGAGAAAAUGCUUAGUAAAUUUUAUGUAAGGGACGCAAAAACACCACGGAACUCACCAUUUACAUUCCACGAAGACGGUUUUUAUAGAACUUUAAAAAGAGCUGUUUAUGAUGAAUUAAAGAAAAUACCAAAAGACGCUUCUGUAACAGCGGACAGAAUAACUGAUGGACUGUUCGUAACGCUUCUGUGUAGCUCCAGUCUUGCCUGUUGGUACGAUGACUAUUGGUUGGCAACUUUUUGGUACGUUGUCGCGUCUUUAAGCUUAGCUACGUUGACGGUUACAUGCCAUAACUUUAUACACCGUAAGACCAAUUGGAGAAUGUACCUUUUUAAUAUGAGCAUGUGGUCAUUUAGAGAUUUUCGAGUAUCCCAUGUUCUGUCUCAUCACCUGCAUACGAAUACGCUGAAUGAUUUGGAAAUAAGCUCAUUGGAACCAUUCCUGCUCUACAAUCCAAGAAAAGAUAAGCCAUUACACGCGAGGCUCGGAUUUAUAACCGAAUGGCUAUUUUUUCCUUUCACGUUCUUAUUGAAUUUUUUCAAAAGAUUUCUCAGUAUAUUCGUCCGUAAAGGGUUUUUCAGAGCGCAUUACCGUUGGCACGACGCCAUUGGCUUCUUGUUGCCACUUUGUAUGUGGUUCGCAAGUGGCAGCCCCGUCACACGCGUCAUCUAUACUUGGCUGUGGAUAAACUGUACGGGCAGUUUGAUCUUCUUCACCAUUGCUGUCAAUGCUGCCCAUCACCAUCCAGACGCCAUUAAAGAUGGUGACCAACCUAGAAGUCUGACUCCAGACUGGGGAGAACAUCAAGUGGAAGCUCUGUUAGACCGGAAGGAUGUAAAUGGCAACACAUUCGCAGUGAUGACACUUUUUGGGGAUCAUGCUCUGCAUCACAUGUUCCCAACUGUCGAUCAUUCGGUACUGAAAUAUCUACAUCCAGUCUUCAUUGAAUUGUGUGAAAAAUUCCAAGCUAAUUAUAGAGUGUCGACGCAAUUUCAAAUGGUCCUCGGCCAGAUACAAGAAACAAUGCGGACUGAUUUUAAAACUCUACCGAAUAAAUGAAUACAAACGAUUAUUUAGAUCAUAAACGUUGUGAUAAUUAUUAUAAUGUUUAACAGCCGAUGUUCGUCCACUAAUGAUCAUUCUUUUCUUGUAAGGACUUCCUAAUACCAUUAUCUUGUACCACUAGCAUAAAGCGGUGCCCUGAACUCACUUGAUGCCUUGUGGUCUACCUAGUGGUCUACACUGGUAUGUGUAUUGUGUAUGUGGGUGUGGGGUCGCAAUUCUUAAAGUUUGGCUUAAUUAAAGUUAUGAACACGCCAACUUGUAUUUGUAUUACUUACUUGAUAAAAAUCAUAUUCACUUGAAAUUCAAGUAAAAAUUAGUAAAAACUAUAUAAAGCUAGGUAGACCAAGGAUAUCACGCAGGUUGCAGGGAGCCGCUGGAUACUCGCGGCUCGAGAUAGUUUUGUUUGGAAGUCCAUGCAAGAGGCCUAUGUCCAGCAGUAGACGUCCAUUGGCUGUUAAUGAUGAUGAUGAUGAUGAUAUAUAGCUCAUGAUCUGCUGAACCGAUUUGUUACCGACUCAAAAAUAAUUUACCUGACAACGCGUAACUAAGUUAGCCCUGAUGUUCUGGUAUUCCUUUUGUAGCUUAUUUAGAAUUAUAAUCAUUUAUUAAUAGACAAUGUAAG